CUCGUCCAAUACAGGAUGCCUGUCUGCAAUAUCUAGUGUACCAAGUGUGGCAUUCAAGCUGAUACUGAUAAUAAGACUAAUUUUCCUAACGAGAAGUCGUUUCAUCAGUUUAAAAAACAAAGAGAUUUAUUUUAUGAACUGAUCAGAACAUGGGAAGAUCACCGUCAUGAAACUGGAUGGACAAUGAAAACAGCUAUGGCUCAUAAAAUAUGGGAGUUAGUACAUCAUCAGCUAGAAUUUGCCAACUUUGCUCACUUUGUAAGACUUUUCCAGUCCCAACUUAUUAAGAUGUGUAAAGGAGGAAGUACUAAAAUUGAUGAUACUGGUAAUUCUGAUGAUAUGUAUUUCUUGCAACAACUUAGGAAACAGAACCCAGAGAAAUUGAAACGUUUACAGGAGAGAUUAAUAACUCCAUUAUCCCAUGGUGGUCCUUCGCCAGCACCAACAUUUCCUGGCUCUCAGGAAUUCUUUCAUAGCUUCAUUCUCAUAGCUGACAGUCAUGCAUUCAAUCAACAUUUGAUGGAUAGUUUAUCAGCCAAGAUAAUGCAGAUAAAUAGAAUGGAUUUUUCCCUUGAGGGAAAUUCAGAAGAAGAAUCUGAAAUGCCUAAUUUAUUUCAGGAACAAAGAGAUACUUUAUUGAAUGGAUUGCUGACAUCCAAGAUACUGGGCAAAUUUUUAGGAUUGGUUGUGUUUUUACCUUAUCAGAGUCCAGACAAACUGCCUUCCAGUCUUCAGUCAUCUAUAAUUGCUAUCAGGAAUCAGUCUUACAAACCACUGGACAUCCUCAGUGAAUUACAACUAGCCACAGAACAAGAUAGAUUGAUAUUGACCUUACCCUGGGUAAUAGAUUAUAUCAGUAUGAUGGACAGCAUAGCACCAUAUUUAGAAUACUAUCAUAGUGUAUUGGAUCAAUUAUUAAAGCUUUACAG